AUGGUAAGCAAAGAGUGGAGAGUUGUUGGCAAUUAUGGGCUCAAGAACGACCUCUUUAUUGGCAAACUGACGGUCAGAGAACACAUGCGAUUUCAGGCGCGCCUUCGUAUGCAUCGGUCGACUACUUCAGAGGCGCGCGAGUGUCGAGUCGAUGAAGUCCUACGAGAUUUAGGGUUACAGAAGUGCGCCGACACUCGGAUCGGCGCUCCGGACGAAGAGACAGGCAUUUCCGGCGGAGAGAGAAAGAGAUUAGCCGUCGCUUCGGAAUUAUUAACAAAUCCGUCGAUACUAUUCCUCGACGAACCGACGUCUGGUUUGGACUCAUUUAUGGCCAAAAAUUUAGUGGAAAUGUUGCUAAAUAUGGCCCAAACCGGGCGCACAAUUAUCUGCACUAUUCAUCAGCCGUCGUCUGAAGUGUUUUCAUUGUUUAAUCAAUUGUUACUUAUGGCCGACGGAAGGGUUGCAUAUUUGGGCACAUCUGGAAAUGCGCUCGAGUUUUUUAAAAGUCUGGACCUAGAAUGUCCUAGUAACUACAACCCAUCCGACUUUUAUAUAAAUAAAGUGUCAGUAAUUCCCGAACUCGAAGAAGAGUCUAGGGAAAGGAUUAAGUAUUAA